CAUUAGCCAACCCACGAGCUGAGGAGACAGGAAUUAAGCCGACCAAACUCCUCAGUGUGCCACUACUCUCCUUCCCUUUGAGGCAGCAGCAGCAAGAAAACUUCAUCUCUUUUUUUUUUUUUUUCCUUCCCCUUUCCCUCCCCUCCCCGUGAGCUGCAGAGCCGCAAGCUGAGCAUGACUAACCCUUGCAAAGCCUUCACCAGUGGCUCCCUCUCCUCUUGGGAGGUGUCAGGGAAGAUGAGCAGAGGAAAAGCAGCCAGCACGUCCCCGGAUCGCCUGGGCCGCUGCAGUCCCAACGGGUUGGCCAGCAAUGGCUACAGCUCUCUCAGCCUCCACGGAGAUGGCGGCUACCGGUGCUCCUCUUAUCCCUCUUUCUCCAUCGACAGGAGACUCCUGGCCCCCGUGCACCUCGACAUCGACUCGGACUUCCAAGCCAUGCGGCAGCAGGAAAAAGAGGACAUCAAGUUGCUCAACAACCAGUUUGUGACCCUAAUUGAGAAGGUCCAGUGCUUGGAGCAACAGAACAAGAUCCUGACGACAAGGUGGAACUUCCUGAAGGAUCAAGACAAUUCCCACUCCGAGUUGGACAUCAAGGCCAUCUACGAUCAGUACAUGAGCAAAAUGAAUCAAGAGAUGAAGGCGCUCAACUACGAGCAGGAAAAUCUUGAGUUGGAGCUGACAAAGGUCCUGAGCACCAUGGAUAACUUUCGAAGCAAAUACGAGGAUGAAAUUCGCCUCUGUAGCGGCAUGGAAUACACCUUCACAGAGCUCAAAAAGGAUUUAGAUGUGAGCUCCUUGCAUAGAACUGAGCUGGAGGUAAAACUCAACGGGCUCCAAGAGCUGAUGGAUUUGAAAAAAACCAUCUAUGAGCAGGAACUCGAGGAGUUGCUGACAGAAAUUAAGGACAUUUCUGUUGUACUGGGAAUUGACAAUGCAUGCAAACUUGAUCUAAGCAGAAUUGUGGAAGAAGUGAGGGCCCAGUAUGAAGCCCUGGCUCUCCGGAGCUGGGAAGAAGCUGAAGCGCUUACCAGGAGAAAGCUGAAUGAAGGAAGCACCCAGUCAGGCACUUAUGGCGGUCACCUCCUUGACAGCCGACGGGAGAUUGCAGACCUGAACAUACGGAUCCAGAAGCUGAGGUCCUGCAUCGUGUCCCAAAAGAGCCAGUGCCUGUACUUAGAGGAGCAUAUCAAAGAAGCAGGAGAGCAUGGCGAGAUGGCCCUCAAGGAUGCCAAAGCCAAACUGGUCAAGCUAGAAGCAGCCCUACAGAAGAGCAAGGAGGAUAUGGCUCAUCUGGUGAAAGAGUAUCAGGAGCUGAUGAACAUCAAGCUGGCACUGGAUGUGGAGAUCCUCACUUACAGGAAGCUGAUGGAAGGCGAGGAGAGCAGCAUGGAGCAACCAAUACCCACAGUCAUCAGCACCGUCCCCUCCAGACCAAAGCACUUUUCUGCCAGCACCUUGAGAAACUCCAAGCUGUUUGCAAGAGGAACAGGCAGCACCAAUGGUGAGAUGAAGCCAAAUGGAGGCAGCACAAAGAUACUGCUCUCUAGAAGCCACAGUGACAACUCAGCAACACCCGAAGCAGAUGCCUUCAUCAGCGGUGCCCGGCCAAAGCUCAGUUCCCUGCCCACAGAAGAAUGCUCCUAGGAGAAACAGAGCCCCACUGCAUAAACACAAGACCCGUUGGUAUCUGUAGCCAAAUGAGGCCAAAGCACUUUCUCCUGAACUCAAGCCAAUGUCCAGGGGACAAAGGAUAAGAAUCCACUCCAGGCUGUCUCUUUUAAGUUUGUCUUUACAACAUCCCAGUUAACAUCUCUGUUACCAGUUACAAGCAGAAACCGACCCAGGAUUUUAGAGACUCUCCCAUUCAGAUACCACACUAACAUCUUCCUCUAAGUCUGUUUCCCCAGAGGACUUGCAUUCACAACCUUCAAGAUCUACCUAUAGGCAACUUGGCAGGAGGGGAAAGUAUUAUUACACAAGCUUUUAACACAGCAGCCAGAAGCCAUCAGCCCAGCCAUGUUACCAGUAUUACAAAAUCAUUCUCUCUGCUCUGUCCCUGCUCUAUGCAUGUCUGCGAGAGGUGUUCACUGAUAUGGCUUUCAGAAGAAGGCAGCAUCGAGCUUUCCAAACUGAACUGAUGGGGAGAUGCAGAUAAACAACCUGAGCCAGAUGGAUUUGCGACAUCUGGAUUUGCAUAUCUGGUGACAAACAUGCUGGCUGUACCAGGAAGGGGAUCCUUGGCCACUUCAGAGCACUUAACUGAUUUUACUGCCUUUUGGGUGGCCCCUCAUUCCUUCCCAUGCCACCAAAGCUAAAAUGCCUCAAAACUUGUAUUUUUAUAAGCCACCUCUCUCUAACAGAGAGCAUCUCCACCUGUCUCACCUAAAGGCAUUCCAGACUCCACACACAGUGGUGCUAGGUCCUAAAAAUGGGAUACAACAAGCAGGACUUGUCUUUGUAUUUAUUGAACUUACCUAGCAGCUUUUACCUUACCUGGCUGACACCAGCCAAUGCACACCAGUCAUGCUGCACCAAAGCUACUAGAGCCAACUCUGUAGAUGCCACAUCCCCCUGCGAGCAAGGUGGAGGGGGAGAUGUUCUGGCCUCAACACAGACAUUUCUGUGGCCCUCUUGCACAACCUAACAUAGGCAGUGCCCUGCAGUAUCUUCCUUUAUAAGGCCAGGCUCUGGCCUCACCCAUUGCCAUGCAGCCCCACUUGAGUUCCCAGAUCUUGAGUUCCCAGGAGGAGUUGUUAAUAGUCUCUUGGCAUAUUUCUGUUGAGUGCAUCACAGUAUUUCCACACUUCUGUAGGAUAGACAACUACUGUAGCGUCCAUGUAACUGAACACCGACUCUCCGGGGUUAUGGCUGUUAUAAUAAAGUAUUGUGUGUCACACAGAA